AUGGGUGUAACAGCACAACCAGUUAAAAUAUUGUCAAAGCUAGGUAUAAGGACACUUUCAAACCGUCCUUUUUUAAUCUCCCACCUACGUAGCAGAGUAUCAUCGCCAAUACUCAAACAAUGCCAUGCCAAAUUUUCAACCUCAUUUAGUCAAUUUCUCAAAACUAAAAGGACGUACUCCACAAUAUCUUCAACUUUUGAUUCUGCUGCUCAAAAUACACGUCUGAUGCCCAAGCCCAAACCAGAUCAUGUUGUUCCUCCAAAAUCAGUUGGGUAUUGGUUGGUAGGGACAUCAACUUUGAUUUUCGGUAUUGUAGUGUUGGGAGGUCUCACAAGACUCACUGAGUCAGGACUUUCAAUUACUGAGUGGAAGCCAGUCACAGGAUCGGUCCCUCCAUUGAAUGAACAGGAUUGGAUAGAUGAAUUUGCAAAAUAUAAAGACUCGCCCGAGUUUAAACAGUUGAACUCGCACAUUACCUUGGAAGAGUUCAAAUUUAUAUUCUUUAUGGAAUGGAGUCAUCGAUUAGUUGGAAGGUGUAUUGGACUCUUUCUCAUAGUUCCAGCAGUGGUUUUCUAUAUGCGAAACAAGUUUACGCCAAGGCUUACCAAACGAGUCAUAGGCUUGACGGGAUUGUUGGGGUUACAAGGAGCAAUUGGCUGGUGGAUGGUUAGAUCGGGAUUGGACGAGGAGCAGUUGGCUGAAAGAAAGUCCAAACCCACCGUUUCCCAGUACCGAUUGACCACACAUUUGGGAGCAGCAUUCUUGAUGUAUCUUGCUGUGUUGUACACUGCCUUUGAAGUCUUGAAUGAGAAUAAACUACUUAGCAUGAUCAAAAAGGGCAAGGGCCAGGCCGUGGAAACUAUCAUUGGACAAUUACAAAACCCAGUAUUGAAAAACACCAGAGUGAUGGCUUUGGGAUUAUUAGUGUUGACGUUUGUCACGGCAAUGUCGGGUGGUAUGGUUGCUGGUUUAGACGCCGGUUUGAUUUACAAUACUUUUCCCCACAUGGGGGAUGAUUGGAUUCCAAACAAAGGUGAGCUUAUGUCUGAUGUAUUUUCGCGUAAGCUGGACAAGUCAGACUUGUUAUGGAGAAACUGUUUGGAGAAUCCAACCACUGUGCAACUCAUACAUCGAGUAUUUGCCACUACGACCUUUUUUGCUGUAUUGGCAGCACAUAUGUAUGUCAACAAGAGGAAAACAAUCAUUCCCAAGACGGCAAAAUCCAUGAUGCAUGCAACUAUGGGAUUUGUGACAUUGCAAGUUACAUUGGGUAUUAGCACCUUGAUAUACCUUGUACCUAUACCUUUAGCGGCUGCUCAUCAAGCUGGAGCAUUAGCUUUAUUGACUGCUGUGUUGGCAUUCUGUGCAAGAUUGAAGAAGCCAAGACCAGAAUUUGUAAGGUAUGCAAAGAGUUUGAUAAAAAAUAGAACAGUAUGA